UGCUACUGCUCAUCGUCGGAGCUACGCCGUCGUCGUGGGCCAGCGGAGGAGACAGAACACUUUGUGCUUGCAGCGGUCCACCGGUCCAGUGGUCCAGUUAGCGCAGUUCCUCCGGUGUAACGUCUGCAGUGAAUCUCGCCGUCACCGCGAUCUGAGCACGGAUCGACACGCGACGUCGAGUGUAUAUUACUAUACAUAAUCCCGCCAGAUCUGCGGAUCUGUCCAACAGUCGCUCAGCGAUCCAUGUCAAUCGCCGUCAUCGCCGUCAGCGUCAUGCGCCGACAAAUGUUCUGGAGCGGUUGCUUGUUGGCGCUGACCACCGCGGUGGCAGUGACGGUCGCGGCUCCGCUGGCCGAGCCCUCAGCACCGGACUCGGACGACGUGGUGACGUACGACCAGCGGCAGAACGGCACCGAGAACGUGCGGAUCAGCCUGAGCGACCUCAAAGUGGUGCUGGCCCCGGCCGACGGCCUGUUCCAGAUUAUGUCCAUGGCCGGCGCGCAGUUUCUCAACUCGGAGUUGGCAGGCGCAGCUUCGGAACACCGGCCGACGGGCGUCGAGUGCACCGGGUUCAAGUGCAACAACCGGCAUAGGCAGGCCGCUAAGAAAAAUCGUUUCAAACUAUCGAGUCUUAUAGCACCAUUGUUAAACAGCCAAGCAGAACAGAAAACUGCAGAAACAGAAAGUAUUAGUAUCAACAACAAUAAUCCUAAUUAAACAUUGAGUAGGUAUGAAAUACUGUUUACAAUAUCGGCUCAAAGAGGUACAAUUUAUAUCAAUACCAGGACGAAUAAAAUUAUACCUAUUACUUAUAUAAAGGUGCG